AGCUCGUUUGUUACUGGUCAGUCAGCCUGUUGUGUGUUCUCCGUGGUGAUGUGCGGCUGUGUCGCCUUUGAGUUUAAUAUAAACGGGACAUCAGAUGCAUUGAGAAGGAGUUUCCCACGUAACAUUUAAGGACUCUUACGGGCAGGAUGCAGUCUUCAAACCACCGGCUACGAGACAUGGAGCAGCAUCACCCGCUGCUGUCGGCAGGCGCAGACGUGGAGAUGGGGGGCCUGGGAGCCGGCGUGAUGGUCGGGGGCCCCCACUCGGGCCACACAGCAGGAAACCGCACACUGUGGUUCAUUCAGGACAGCUGCGGGAUGGUGUGCGCCACCAUGACCUGGUUCCUGGUUCUGUACGCCGAGUUUGUGGUGAACUUCGUCAUGCUCCUGCCCGCCAAGAACUUCUGGUACUCGCUGCUGAACGGGGCCACCUUCAACUCCCUGGCUGUGCUCGCGCUGGCCUCGCACAUGCGCACCAUGUUGACUGACCCGGGUGCGGUUCCUAAGGGCAAUGCAACUAAGGAAUAUAUGGAGAGCCUGCAGCUGAAGCCUGGUGAAGUCAUCUACAAGUGUCCAAAGUGCUGCAGCAUCAAACCUGAGAGAGCGCACCACUGCAGUAUUUGUAAACGAUGCAUCCGGAAGAUGGACCACCACUGUCCCUGGGUCAACAACUGUGUGGGCGAAAAGAAUCAGAGAUUCUUUGUGCUUUUUACUAUGUAUAUUGCACUGAUCUCUACCCAUGCCCUCGGCCUCAGCGGUAUGCAUUUCUUCACUUGUAUUAAAGUCCAGUGGAACGAGUGCAGUGACUUCUCUCCAGGGGUGUCUGUGCUGCUCCUCAUCUUCCUCUGUCUCGAAGCCAUCCUCUUCCUCACUUUCACGGCUGUAAUGUUUGGCACACAGAUUCACUCCAUUUGCAAUGAUGAGACGGAGAUCGAGCGUCUAAAAAACGAGAAGCCAACGUGGGAGCGUCACAUGAGAUGGGACGGAAUGAAAGCCGUGUUUGGGGGUUCGCCGUCUCUACUGUGGUGUAAUCCCUUCACAGGCUUGCGUCUGCGGCGCUUGUUGCUGCUGAGCCACAGUCGCCGCGGAGGCUCUGAGUUUUCUGUCUGACAAUCUGAAAGGAUCUGAUGGAGAUCACCAACACGUUGGCUGUGUCUAAAACAGGAUGUGUGGUUUGCUCUCUAUGGAGUGGACUCGGAUGGACCUCUUCUUACUGAGGCUCUCCUGUUUUUUUUUUUUUUUUUUGCUGGGGACCUCAGUGCAUCACAAACACCUCUCAGAGUUUGUAUUAUCACCUUGGUGUUCUGCACAAGUAUCCUCAACAACUGGACUAUUUGAUUUGAUUUGUCUGUGGGCCAUUUUUAGCAAAGCAUGAAGUAGAAAAGCUCAAGUGACUUUCUUAUUUCUGACCGUUUGAGGUACUGGUGGAACUCAAAUCAUGCACCUUUAAUACGCAGCUUCAGGAGUUUGUGUUUUGUUUUGUUUUUUUGCUGCACAAAAGGCAUUCAAAGACAAAUCUUUUAUUAUCACUGGACCACACAAGACGAUCUUAGUUGGGGUGACGUUACUACUUGUUUGGACCCAAACUAAGGAAUCACCAGUCAGGAACAUGCACUUCAAACAGAACGCUUGAGAAAAGCCCGACGUGGACGUCUGAGAUUAUACCGUGUAAUAAAACUGUGACAAUAUGCAUGUAGAAUGGCUCAAUGAGCCAACAUCUCAGCCUGGAAAUGAGGCUUUCAUCAGCGUACUUUGAACACAAGCCUCAUUCUUAUUCAAAUGAACUGAGAGGCUUGUCCUGUCCGUUCAUCCAUCUUUGUCGUGUUUUUUGUAUUCUUUUAAGAGAUGAAAUCUUUUGCGUUUUGUGAGCCAGUGGAAAUGAAUAUUCUCUUCAUUUUCUAAAUACCUGUUGAAGCUCACUCCUCAACAGACAGUGAUAACUACUGUUAUUCUGAGUCCUCGUUCGGACAAAACAUCAAAUUUAUUUAGUAUUAUCUUAACUUUCCGUAGGUUUCCUAUGUCACCACUCCUACAUGCUGCUUAACGUCUAUAAUGUUUCUAAAACAAUAAGUGACUGUCGAACCACUGAGAUGCCUCCCUGUGUUUAAAAAAAAAAAAGGGUUGUAAACUGAAUGUUACAAUAAUUUUCUUCUAAAAGGUUUAUGUCUGUGUGAGGGAAACUCUGUGUUUAGUAGGAAUACACGAGAACAUUUGAAUGAGACUGCGUUGCAUUUACAUCCCUGCAGCACAACCUCACACGCCGCUCGCCGGAGAGGAGUCGGAGACAUGGUUGGUUUUUGCAUGCUGCUUGGCAACUGCGUGGUGCGACAUUUGGACAAGCACAACAUCAUUUGAAUCAUCGUGAGCUCAGUCUGAUUCGCAAAGCUUCCAGCUUCUGUAGCUCAAGCCUGUGGAUUUGAAAAAGAAAGCGCUCCGCUGAAAAAUGGUCCAUUCUUUUUUUAAAUUUUUUUUAGCUCUGUGUGCAGGCUUUUGUUGUCGAACGAAGUUUCAGAACAGAUGCUCGAAAAAAAGCUUAACCGAUUUGUCCGCCGCAUAAAGUUGAAGAUUUAUGAAAUCUCGUGGCUGUAGAAGCUGAUUUUUCUUGCAGUGUUAUCAGAGCACUUAAGCUGGUGAAUAAUGCAAUCAAAUCACUUGCAUUGAAAAGAUAUAAAAAUAUCUGUCUUGAUAUUUAACUGUGCAUAAGUAAUGGGCCCUUUGGCACUGGAGACUGUGGCUUUUUGAAUCUAAAGUUCACCGUUUAAAGUGUUGACUGUAAGGCUGGUAUUGCCUUAGUUUUUAGAUGUUAUGUUAUUGUUUUGUUGUUUUUUUUUGGGGGGGUAUUACUGUUUUUUUUUUACUCAUCUGUGGUUGUCAGAAAAAGAAAAUCUCUGCUGUUUACAAUGGAUAGUACUGAAAGCUCUUAAACUGUCAUUAGAAUGUUUUCUGUCCAGAGGUAGGAGCACUGAUAUCAGGGGAUUUUCUUAUAGCUGGUCUCUAAUUCCGUAUAUUUUUUUUAUUUUGCUGAACUUCAUCACAACAGAUUUGAAUAUUAUACCUAAUCCAUACUCAAGUCAUUUUUUACCAAACUGUUUACUGAAAACAACUAAAGAUCAAGACAGUUACAUCCUAAAAGAAAGCACAUUUAUGUCAAUCUGAAAGACAGAUUUGUCGGAAGACUUAACCAUGAAAUUAUGCUAUAUAGUUUGCAAAUGCAAAUGUUGUUUAUCAAGUAAAAGCAGUUUUGGAAAGCAGUUGCAAAAUGACAUAUUUCGAUCUAAACAAACAAUGAGUUUUUCAAAGCUGAUGUUAUUAAAUUAGAAUCCAGUCUCUGAAGCAGGUCCUGGGUCAACGAGGCUAAUGUAGUUGUGUUAGUUGGGAAAACAGAUUUAAUAGAUUAACAAAGAAAUGUUGCUGUUUUGAUUUCAUGGUUGAUGUCUGCUAGCAUCAUUUAGACAAACGUUUGAUGUAAAAGAGUAUUUUGACAGUGGGUUGUUCCUGUUUCAAGACCGAACGUGGAUGCUGUAGUUUAUGUCUCAAAGUGAGAUUCCAUUACAGGGUGUGUAGUUCUACAAUCAUGAUCAGUGGACUAAUCUGUACCAAGAUAUGCUUUUGUUUAGUUCUUUUUAAGAUGAUAUUGAUCAUGAUAUUUUCUGUACCUUCUGCUAAGUGACUUAAAGGUUCAGUCACUGUGAUUGUUGAGCAUUGUACAAAAUUAUUGAUACAACACUAUGCUGUCAAAGCUUUUUGUCAUACCGGCUUACAGUUAAAGGUGAUUUUUUUUCAGAAAGUUUAGGAAGAAGAUGGUUUUGUGAUGUACAGUAACAGUGAUGGAUGUUUGAUUGAAUAUUUAUAUUUAACUCCACCAAGAACAUUUAUGAAAGAUUUAGGUUCCUUUUCAGGGGAAAAUGUUUCUUAAAGAACAAAAAUCAUUCGGUUUUAUAAACAAAGUGUAAGGGUAACUAUAAACCAACUGAAUGUUUUGAGUCUUUUUUUUUAUUGUGUCAACAAAUAUGUCAUUGUCAUUCUUUUACAUAAUAAACUUGAAUAAAUUAAAGCUA